GCGAGGAUCGAAUCUGUUGACAGAUGACGACAGGGAAGGUUCCCAGCAUGAGAACGCACUGUUGAGCCAAAUUAGAGUGUUUCAAGGUGUGCCAGGCUGCAGAAAGUUUGUCCUCCAGAUGAGGACAUGGCUUUUUUUGGUGGGGACCAAUGACAGUUGUAGCUUCAGUGCAAAAAACAAGCUUGGUGGGGUCUGUCGUUGUGUGAGACAUCUCAACCUCUGGUUCUUAUCACCACCACUGAAAAUUACCAUUGGAGUAAUGGAGAGGAUCACCAUGUAGACAGCAGCCGAGCGGAGGACGGGUAAGAAUGGGAAACCACGUAUGGAGCGACGCCGGACUGCAGCCGUGGUGAGCACGGGCAUCCUCCUCAGGACCUCAGCCGGGCUUCCCUGGACGGCUGGCUGGACGCUCUGCUUGUUCUCGUAACGCUGAAGAGUCUCUCCUUCAGUCUCAGAAACUGGACUGGAUUGUUUUUUUCUGUUUUUUUGUCCCUUUUUUAAUCAUUUUGUUUCUUUGAUUUCCUCCAUCUCCCUGUCUGUUUGCCCAAAUUUUUUUGUUCCCAUUCUGUAUUUCUUCGGUUUGUGCUCAGAUAUUCUUUACCCUAGCCGCCCCUAGAGGCUCACUGGCCGCGUGGCAAGCCUCUUGUUUUCUGAUACCUUCAGAGCGAACCUUUCAAGCAAUACUCUGCCACCAUGGGGGACAUGAGGAACAGCGAUUUUUAUGCCAAGAACCAAAGAAACGAGGGCAACCAUGCCGGAGGCUUCGGCUGCUCUCUGAUGGAGCUGCGCUCUCUUAUGGAGCUCCGUGGCACGGAGGCUGUGGUCAAAAUUCAGGAGGACUAUGGAGGCAUUGAGGGACUGUGUCAGAGGCUGAAAACGUCUCAGACGGAGGGUCUGACAGGGGAUGCAGUCGACCUAGAAAAGAGAAGAGAAGUCUUCGGGCGAAACCUUAUACCUCCAAAAAAGCCAAAAACUUUCUUACAGUUAGUGUGGGAAGCACUACAAGAUGUGACCCUUAUCAUCCUCGAAAUCGCAGCCAUGAUCUCCUUGGGACUCUCAUUUUAUCAGCCCCCUGGAGAGGGCAGUGAAUCUUGUGGGGCUGCAAACGCUGGUGCGGAAGACGAGGGAGAGUCGGAGGCUGGCUGGAUCGAAGGCGCUGCUAUCUUACUUUCAGUGGUUUGUGUGGUCCUUGUCACCGCCUUCAACGACUGGAGCAAGGAAAAGCAGUUCAGGGGUUUACAGAGCCGCAUCGAACAGGAGCAGAAAUUCCAAGUUGUGCGCGGGGCACAGGUCAUCCAACUUCCUGUGGCUGACAUUGUGGUCGGCGACAUCGCACAAGUCAAGUAUGGUGACCUACUUCCAGCUGAUGGAAUCUUGAUACAAGGCAACGAUCUGAAGCUUGACGAGAGCUCUCUAACGGGAGAGUCAGAUCACGUCCGAAAAUCUGCAGACAAAGAUCCCAUGCUUCUUUCUGGCACCCAUGUGAUGGAGGGCUCAGGUCGGAUGGUGGUCAUGGCUGUUGGUGUGAACUCUCAGACCGGGAUCAUCUUUACCCUGCUCGGUGCUGGCGGUGAAGAGGAGGAGAAAAAGGAGAAGAAAGGUCAGGCAGUGAAGGAUGGCCAACAACUAGCAGACCAUCCCUCCUCCCACCCCAUCGCAACUAUAGCUACCGAUGGUGCUGCAGGCGCAAAUGCCCCUGGUAAUACCAGCCUAGUCAAUGGUAAAAUGCAGGAUGGAAAUAUGGAGAACAACCAGACCAAAGUGAAGAAGCAAGAUGGUGCCGCUGCCAUGGAGAUGCAGCCACUGAAGAGUGCGGAAGGUGGCGAGACUGAUGAAAAAGAGAAAAAGAAAGCCAAUGUCUCCAAAAAAGAAAAGUCUGUCCUACAAGGCAAACUGACAAAGCUGGCUGUGCAGAUUGGCAAAGCAGGUUUGGUGAUGUCUGCCAUUACAGUCAUCAUCUUGGUGCUCUACUUUGCCAUUGACAACUUUGUGCUGCAGAAGAGGCAGUGGCUACCAGAAUGUACUCCAAUUUACAUUCAGUAUUUUGUCAAAUUUUUCAUCAUUGGUGUUACUGUCCUGGUGGUAGCUGUUCCUGAGGGCCUUCCAUUGGCUGUUACCAUCUCUUUGGCCUACUCUGUUAAGAAAAUGAUGAAGGACAAUAAUCUGGUACGUCAUCUGGAUGCCUGUGAGACCAUGGGCAAUGCUACAGCUAUCUGCUCGGAUAAGACUGGCACAUUGACCACUAACAGGAUGACAGCAGUGCAGUGCUAUGUGGGAGAUGUUCACUACAAAGAAAUCCCAGAGCCCAGCUCAAUCCCGCCCAAAACUCUGGAAAUAUUGGUCAGUGCUAUAUCAAUCAACAGCGCCUACACAACAAAAAUUCUGCCUCCAGAUAAAGAAGGAGGUCUCCCCAAGCAGGUGGGCAACAAGACAGAAUGUGGCCUAUUAGGACUGGUCCUUGACCUCAAGCGGGACUACCAGUCUAUUCGGAACCAGAUCCCAGAAGAGAAGCUUUAUAAGGUGUACACAUUCAACUCAGUCAGGAAGUCUAUGAGCACUGUAAUUAAACUUCCAGAUGGCAGCUUCAGGAUGUACAGCAAAGGAGCCUCCGAGAUUGUUCUCAAGAAGUGUACGCGCAUCCUGAACGAAGUGGGUGAGCCCCGAGUUUUCCGGCCCCGGGACAGGGAUGAGAUGGUGAAGAAGGUGAUUGAGCCCAUGGCCUGCGAUGGACUUCGGACAAUUUGUGUGGCUUUCCGUGAAUUCCCUGCAGACCCUGAGCCAAACUGGGAUGACGAAAACAACAUUGUGUCAGACCUGACGGCAAUCUGUGUGGUUGGGAUAGAAGAUCCAGUCAGAGCUGAGGUGCCUGAAGCCAUCCGUAAGUGUCAGCGUGCCGGAAUCACAGUGCGUAUGGUAACUGGAGACAACAUCAACACAGCACGGGCCAUUGCCAUCAAGUGUGGCAUUAUCCAUCCCGGAGAGGACUUCCUGUGCAUUGACGGCAAAGAGUUUAACAGGAGGAUCAGGAACGAGAAGGGAGAGAUUGAACAGGAGCGCAUUGAUAAAGUGUGGCCCAAACUCCGAGUUUUGGCCAGAUCCUCUCCAACGGACAAGCACACACUCGUUAAAGGUAUCAUUGACAGCACCCUGGUGGAUCAGAGGCAGGUGGUGGCUGUGACUGGCGACGGGACCAAUGAUGGACCUGCGUUGAAGAAAGCAGACGUCGGCUUUGCCAUGGGAAUCGCAGGUACAGAUGUGGCCAAAGAGGCGUCAGACAUCAUCCUGACAGACGAUAACUUUACCAGUAUUGUGAAAGCCGUGAUGUGGGGACGCAACGUCUAUGACAGCAUCUCUAAGUUCCUGCAGUUCCAGCUGACUGUCAACGUAGUGGCUGUGAUUGUGGCAUUCACAGGGGCCUGCAUUACGCAGGAUUCACCCUUGAAAGCUGUUCAGAUGCUGUGGGUCAACCUGAUCAUGGACACGUUUGCCUCUUUGGCCCUGGCUACGGAGCCACCCACUGAAUCCCUGCUCAUGAGGAAACCUUAUGGCCGCAACAAGCCCCUCAUCUCUAGCACCAUGGCAAAAAACAUUCUUGGCCAUGGCAUUUACCAGCUCAUUAUCAUUUUCACUUUGCUGUUUGUUGGUGAACAGAUCUUUGACAUAGAUAGUGGCAGGAAUGCCCCACUGCACUCGCCUCCAUCUGAACAUUACACCAUCAUUUUCAACACCUUUGUCAUGAUGCAACUCUUCAAUGAGAUCAACGCUCGCAAGAUUCACGGAGAGAGGAAUGUGUUUGACGGCAUCUUCAGAAAUCCCAUCUUCUGCUCUAUUGUUCUGGGGACAUUUGCUAUUCAGAUUGUGAUUGUGCAGUUUGGAGGGAAACCAUUCAGUUGCUCUCCUCUUGACUUGGAAAAGUGGAUGUGGUGUGUGUUCCUCGGGCUAGGAGAACUGGUCUGGGGACAGGUGAUAUCGACGGUUCCGAACAGCAAGCUGAGGUUCCUAAAAGGGGCAGGUCAGUUAACGCAAAAGGAUGACAUGCCUGAGGAGGAGCUAAACGAGGACCAAGAGGAGAUCGACCAUGCUGAGCGUGAACUGCGGCGAGGCCAGAUCCUCUGGUUCCGCGGCCUCAGUAGAAUCCAGACUCAGAUCGAGGUUGUGAACACAUUCAAGAGCGGGACUUCCUUUCAGGGGGCACUGAGGCGCCAGUCCUCCACCACCAGCCAGAAUCAGGAUAUCCGCGUCGUGAAUGCGUUCCGUAGCUCGCUCUACGAAGGCUUGGAAAAACCGGAAUCCAGAACCUCCAUCCACAAUUUCAUGACUCACCCCGAGUUUAGAAUAGAGGACUCCACGCCCCACAUCCCUCUCAUAGACGAUACCGACAUCGACGACGAGGCCGCCAGGAAGAACUCCAGUCAGCCCUCGUCGCCCAACAAGAACAACAACGCCAUCGACAGCGGCAUAAACCUGACUACCGACACGAGUAAAUCUGCUGCUUCAUCCAGUCCCGGGAGCCCCCUUCAUAGUUUGGAGACAUCACUCUAGCCCCAGUCGCUCGGGAACAUCAAAUAAAUCACUACGUAAGACAAUACAUAAAAAGCGCAACAAAAUAAGAUACAACGCACGUCAAAACAGAACGUGUGCUGCUGACUGAAUACGUGGUCGGAACCGCGUUUUUCCUGUUUUUGUUUUUCUUUUCCUCUGCUGAUAAGUUCAGGAGAACGAGACUGAUUUAGGACGUUUCUGGAGUGACUUGAAAAACAGUAUCCAGUUUAAACGGACCACUCCCUUUUUCCUGAUAACACGACAACAGACUGCAAGAAGAGUUAUUUAAAAUCAAAUUCAACUAUUAAAAUUGCUCCUGCAUGAAUGUA